AUGUCUCUCAAUCCGCAAGUGCACUCGCAUAUUUGCGAAAUUAUAGACAAAGCCUGCGAGGAUCAGAAGUCCGGUAUUCCUGGGACCGCAUUCGUGGUCAUUGGCAAAGAUGGCAAUGAGCUAUUGGCCCACUCUGCUGGUAAGCGAGGCACGGGAUCCAAAGACCCCAUGACCUUGGACAGCGUGUUCUGGAUUGCAUCUUGUACGAAGGUACUGGUUGGUGUUGCUUGCAUGCAACUGGUUGAGCAGGGGAUUCUCAAGCUGGAUGAUGCGGAGCAGACAGAGGGCUUUUGUCCUGAAUUGAAGAGUCUCAAGGUUCUACAGCCAGAUGGCAGCCUUGUGGAAAAGAGGCGUGGAAUUACUCUCCGCAUGCUGUUAACUCACACCUCCGGAUUCGGCUACACAGUUUUCAAUAACAGACUGAAGCAGUGGUCGUACCCGGUUGGCAUAGAUGAGUUAUCUGGGCGGGUUGAAGAUAUGGUUCGGCCUCUGCUAUUCCAGCCCGGUGAAGACUGGGAGUAUGGCGUUGGUAUCGACUGGGCGGGAAUCGCGCUGGAACGCGCAACUGGCCUGAGGCUCAACGACUACCUACAUAAGAACAUCUUUCUACCCCUUGAGAUCAAAGACAUGUCCAUGAUUCCGAGCCACGACAUGCGCCAGAGACUGGUGCACAUGAGCCAUCGAAGCCCAGAUGGCACCCUGAGGUCCCGAGACCAUAUCCUUCGAGCGCCUCUAGUUGUUGACCUGGAGAACGAUGCUGAAGUCGCCAGGGUGUUCAACAGCGGGGGUGGGGGUAUGUUUGCCAAGCCGCAGGAAUUUUGCAAGGUCCUUGCUGUGCUGUUGAAUGAUGGAACGUGCCCCAAAACGGGUAACAAGUUGCUUCGCAAAGAGACCGUCGACGAAAUGUUCUCUAACCAGAUCCCCCGGUUCCCUAACUUUGGCCGUAAAAGCAUGGCAGAUGCAAAGCCGGACCUAACCAACCCCAUUCCGGAGAUAUACCCAGUUGCUGGGAACCCGCCACAGGGUUGGGGCCUCACGUUCAUGCUGUGCAAUGGCAGUGCGACAGGGCGGUCAAAAGAUACAGGGCACUGGACAGGACUGGCGAAUUUGGGGUGGUGGGCAGACAGGGAGAAGGGUGUGGCGGGAUUUUUUUGUGCACAGAUCCUGCCCUUUUUCGACGCUCAGGUGUUUGGGCUCUUUGAUGCGGUUGAGGCUGAGAUUUACAAAGCCCUCGAUGAGGCCUGA